AUGGAUCAAAACCAAACCAAUGUGUGUGCUUCUGGUGAUGGGUGCAGUGACGGACUCACUUAUUAUGCGGGCAAAGGAGUGGAAGUGAGUUCAGCAACGAUAACUCAGAAGCCUGGCCACCCUAUGAAGGAGUGUGAUUCUUUUUCCCUCUGGAUUUGUUGGGAAGUGGAAUUCUUGAGAAACCGCAAACUGUCGAGAGAGAAAGAGAGCAGUCUAAGGAGAAGAGAAGAGAAGAGAGGUGUUUAA